AAUCUCCAUAUUUUGGCAAUGUUCAAGUAAAUAAGGAAGAACGUGAUUGUAUGGGAAUCAAAGUUUGUCAAUUUACUGAUCCUUCGCUUACAAGUAUUGAGCACAAUGAGGUUGAUAUUGAAUCAUCGUUAUGGAAAAACAUUACUGAAAAUCGCAAUACUGAUUUUAAAAAAACAAGUACUUACAUUACUUAUUUAGCUGCUAAGGGUACAUCUUGCAAAUUCAAAUAUAAUAAUGAAAUUGCUUGUUCUGGAAAUCCGGUUUUAUGUAAAUCACGUAUUUCUCAAGAUCUACCGAAUGUAUAUCAAUGGUUUAUUGGCUGUUCAAUGUAUCGUGUUGGAGAUAAAUGGCACCGUUAUAUUAAAGUUGAUAGUGAAAAA